AUGUGGGCGGCGAUCUUUGGUACCAAACUGCCAGAUGACGAGUACCACAUCAAGGUGCGCUUUGCGCCUGGUUAUUCGCCAGGUGCCAUUGAUCCACGGUACCGGAUGAUGCCGCAGAAGUGGAUGUCGGACACCGAGGAGUGGGAGGCGGUCAGUUCCUUUGCCUGGGAACGGAUCAUUCGCCAAAUCGAGGAGAGCUUUGAGUGCGAGGAGUCCAAGGUCUAUAGGCAGCAGAUCAGGCGGCGGGGCUGCCUGGCGAUCGUGUCGCUGAUUGGCCUCAUACCGGGCUUUAUACUUGGCUUCCUCAUGAGCUUCCUCGGGUGCAUUGACGGCAACACCGGAGUUUGUGUGACAGGGCUGACCUUUGCAUCGAUCUUUGUGUGCGCACUAGUUGGCCUGAUAGGCGGCAGCAUCAGCAUGAGCAUGGUGAUGCCCAACUACGCCCGCGCGGUGAUGAACCACUUGGAGCCGCGCUUGUUGCAGUUGCAGGCGACCAAUCCCUCCAUGAGGCUGGACUUCUUGAACGUCAGGAUGGAUAACUCGCCGCAGUUUGAAAUCCGAGUGAAGCUGAAGAGCAGGAAAGAGUGCGAGCUGGAAAGAGCCGCGGGCGACAAGGUCAUCGCCACCAAGGGCGUGGCGCCGCAGAGAACUGCCCUGGCGCCGCUGCCCCAGUCCUUGCCAUCGUACUGGACCAACCAGGACAGAGCUGUGCAUUUCCGGCACCGCUGUGAAGUGUCAGCGGAGACGCGCGAGCUCUUCCAGGCGGUGUUGGACCAGACCUUCAAGGCCAGGAGCACCCGCGACCGCGUGGGGAGCUUGCCGAAGAGGCUGCGCCUGCUGAAGUGCCACCGGGUGGAGGACAGCAGCCAGUGGUCCCUCUACAGCUCCUGUCUUGACAGGCUGAAGGUUAAGUGGCCGGCUUGCACGCCUAUCAGCCAGCACUACACAGCCACGCCCAGCGAAGGCAACGAGGAGGAUGGGCAUUCUGGGGAGGUCCUCACACGCCCAGUGCUUGGGGGCCUUGCCAACCGCCUAGACGCGAAGCUCAACGAGUUUUACCUCAUGCACGGCACCAGCCCCAACGGUGCCCUGGGCAUCACCGACGCUGGCUUCCGCCUGGACUUCUCGGGCUCCCACGCCGGCAGCAUGUUCGGCGACGGCGCCUACUUCGCGGAGUGCUCGUCGAAAGCGGAUGAGUACUCCAGCGCCGGGGACGGCAUCUACGAGGGCGUCUUCGCGCUGCUUUUGUGCCGCGUGAGUUGCGGGCAGAUGCUGCGGAUGCUGCGGGCUGACAGCCGCACGGUGGAGCAGGCGCUGGGCUCCCAGGUGGUGUCUUCCGUGCUGGGGGACCGGGAGGCCUCAGUCGGCACCUACCGCGAGUUCGUGGUCUUCGAAGCGGCGCAGAUCUAUCCCGAGUACGUGAUGCUCUAUGAGCGGGAGUACUGA